AUGGACAUUGCAACAGGCCUCGACUCUGUGGAAACGCACUCCUCAGCCAGGAAUCACUCUGGUUGCUCAAAGAUGCUGGGCGAUAUGAAAAUUGAAAAUCAUCUUCGGACCGGGGCCACGACUCUGGAUGUUAUGAUCGGAGGAGAGUGUGCCCAGCAGGCGGUGUGUGAGGGCUGCCAGCGGCCCAUCUCCGACCGCUUUCUGCUGCGGGUCAACAACACGUCCUGGCAUGAGGAGUGCCUGCAGUGCGCCGUGUGUCUGCAGCCGCUCACCGCCUCCUGCUACUUGAGAGACCGGCAGCUCUACUGCAAGGACGACUACCAGCGGUUGUUUGCCAUCAAGUGCAGCGGCUGCCUCGACAAGAUUGCGCCCACCGACCUAGUGAUGCGAGCUCUGGAGAAUUUUUACCACCUCGGCUGCUUCUGCUGCUGCGCCUGUGAGCGUCAGCUGUGCAAAGGCGACGAGUUUGUCCUGAAAGAGGGUCAGCUGCUGUGCAAGAGUGACUACAAGAGGGAGCAGGACCUCCUGAGCACAGUCAGCCCUGACAGCUCCGACUCAGGGAAGAGUGAGGAUGAGGACAUGGAUGUGAAGCCAGCGAGGUGCUCUGGAGCUCAGGGGAAGGGGAACAACGACGGGAAAGAUCCUCGGCGUGCCAAGCGGCCACGCACCAUCCUCACCACCCAGCAGAGGAGAGCCUUCAAGGCCUCCUUUGAGGUCUCCUCCAAACCGUGCAGAAAGGUGAGAGAAACACUGGCAGCCGAGACCGGUCUCAGCGUACGUGUGGUCCAGGUCUGGUUCCAGAACCAGAGGGCCAAGAUGAAGAAGUUAGCCCGGAGACAACAGCAACAGCAGGAGCAACAUAAUGCCCAAAGGCUAGGCCAAGGUAAGGAUUUUCCUGGUGUGAACCUGAGGGAGGUUAUAUCAGGUCACAUGGAGGGCCUGCUAAGCGUCUACUCAGGGCCUCUACCUCCUCCUCAGCAGCAGCAGCUGGUGGCCAUGGAGCUGAACGGCUACAGCACAGACCCCUGCCAGCAGGGCCUCACCCCACCACAGAUGCCUGGUAACGACUCGAUUUUCCACGACAUUGACAGCGACACGUCCCUGACAAGUAUGAGUGACUGCUUCAUGACCACUGCAGAUGAGGGAUCCUUGCAGGUUCGGGUCGGUAACCCCAUUGACCGCCUCUACUCCAUGCAGAGCUCCUAUUUUGCCUCCUGA